AUGUGGAAGAUAAUCAGGCCUGCUCCGGAGAUCUUAGAGUUAAGCUCCGAGGAAGAAGAGGAGCCGGACUCAACGCGCGACGCCAUCGUCAUCUCCGACGAGGAGGGCCACGACGGAACGGAGGCGGGGCCGCCCCCCCGCUACGAGACGCCACCACCAGCGUACGAGGUUCUAUUCGGACCUGGCCCUUACCCUGGCCAAACGGAGACAGACAAAGCCGGGGAGACCACGGCCAACACCACCGACAGUUCCAACGGGAACAUGGCCCACAUCAUGGGCGCAUCAUCGGCUGCGGCAGCACCUACCGGGACCACCAACGCGACGCCCUUUGGGGACGCGAGGGUCACCGGAACCGCUGCCGGCGGACCGCCUGCCGUCAUCCUGGACACCACAGCCACCAGGGCUGGGGGCACCAACCUCAGCAACCUCAGCAACCACAGAAACCUUAGCGACCACAGCAGCAGUACCACUACCAGCCAGGACCACCACACGGCCGCCACCACUAGCCGUGCCCCUGACACCGACGCCGGUACAGCCGCCAACACGCCCGGGAUUACCGCCGGCCAGAGGACACCCCUCUCGCCCGGGUCAACCCGACGUGGGAAGGGAGGGGGAGCAUCCGCUCCACCCUCGGACCGCUCGUAG